AAAUUCUCCUCAAAGCAGCUCUUUGUCUAAGACAGCAUUAGGGGGCGGGUUAGUUUUGAAGUGAGAUAUAAUGGAUAGGAGGACAUUUCAAGUCAAAUUGGCCGUGGGUCAGUUCAAAAUGCUUUGCUGGGAAACAUCAGAAAUGCUCACAGAAAUCACACUCUCAGUAGAAUACUGGGCCAACCAGCAUCACAUAUAUGGAGGGUAUAUUUGUAACACUUUAAUGAGUGGUUCCUGGGCAGAUAGAUCCCCACUUCAUGAGGCUGCAUUUCAUGGCAGACUUUUAUCACUCAAGACCCUGAUUGCACAGGGUUUUAAUUUGAACAUCACCACCAUAGACAGAGUCUCUCCUCUUCACGAAGCCUGCUUGGGAGGCCAUGUUGCCUGUGCAAAGGUUUUAUUGGAAAACGGGGCUAAUGUAAAUUCAGUCACAGUUGAAGGCAUCACUCCUCUGUACAAUGCCUGCUGUAGUGGCAGUGCUGCCUGUGUGAAUGUUUUACUGGAGUACGGAGCCAGAUCCCAGCUCGAAAUCCAGCUUCCUUCCCCAGUACAUGAAGCAACAAAGAGAGGUCAUAGAGAAUGCAUGGAGAUUCUGCUUGCUAAUGGGGUAAAUAUAGACCAAGAAGCCCCCCAACUCGGAACCCCACUUUAUGUGGCCUGCACCUGUCAGAAAACAGACUGUGUGAAGAAACUUCUAGAGUUAGGAGCCAAUGUGGACCUGGGCAGAUUGCAGGACACUCCGCUUCACGCAGCAGCCAGAAAAACAAGCACAAAAGUAGUGGACUUGCUCAUAGAUUAUGGGGCAGAUGUGAAAUGCAGAAAUGUUGAAGGGAAGAGGCCGGUGGAACUCGCUGCCCCAAACACUACGGUGGAAAGAGCGCUUUUACAACGAGAAGGUCCUGCUGCUCUGACACAGCUUUGUCGACUUUGUAUUCGGAAACAUUUGGGUCGAUCACGACUUCACAAAGUUUCCAAGUUAGAGCUUCCAGGACGAUUGAAAGAAUUUCUUCUCUACAGAAUUUGUUGAAUUUAGCACAGAUUUGGAGAUCUCCUGUAAAAUGCAGACCAUGGAGAUUUUCGUCAAUCUAAUCCAACCUUCUGCAUAUAAUCCAAACACUCUAUCACCAGUUCUAAUGCAGCUAAUGUCUUCAUCAGUAUUAUGAUAAUACUGAUGAAGGCAUCAGCUGAAACGUUUGUCUACUUGACAUAGCAUCUUCUAGUUUUACCCCAUAUUUACCACCAUUAGCAUAAUGCAACUGGAAUGACAAUAAAUGCAUUGAUUAAAAGGGAUGUUCUCAAUCAGUACACAAUUGUUUCUUGCUCACUACUACACUUGUAUAAAACACAACAGAAAAAUAGAUAUACGAGUGGAGAUAGUGAUAUUUGUUGUGUUAUUAAACAUCACAACACGUGAUAAUUUACAGCAACCAGUGCUUUAUGAUUUUAUCAUCCAUUUCUCAAACAGCUUUUUUCAGAACUUAUAAAAAAAGAUAACAUACUGAGUUUCAAAGUGGCUUAGAUCACAUGUGAAAUUAAUUUGAUGGUUCUUAGUUAUUAGUAGGCCACAUCACAAAAUCAUUGGACAUCAUAUGCAACAAUAUUGGCACCGAGCUGGGGACGGAUGGGCAAGCAAACUGAACUUCUGCAUCAUCCUUAAACUGAAUGGUUCUCCAGGGCAGAGUUUAGAUGUAUGUGAAAACUCACAUUGUUACUGCAAGGAUGGAAAUACUGCAUAGAGCUUUCCUAUUGCAGGUUAUACUAUGAACAGACAUGCCUGAGCUUGAUACCUAUAGCCACUGCUUAUAUGUAACAUGCUCUGGCAUGUCUUUCAACCUGUAGUGCCUAAAUUGCUUUACAUCAGUUGGAGUCUUAUUUCCGUGCCUUUCUUAAAAUCUUCAGAAACACAAUUUCUAAUGCUAAAACAAACAAGAGACUAAUACUAUUCACAAGUAAUUCAACGAAGCUGCCGAGUUGUUUAUUUUUGUUCCGGUGCUGAAUUGGAUGUGUUUUUACUUUUUGAAAAAAUAGAGAACGUUUUUGAGCAAGUAGCUGCACUUGAAAAUUUUGACUGUACAAUUAAAACAAACUUUCUAAUUCAAGAACAUACAUUAAUGCCACAAAGCUAAGGAACAGUAUCAUUGAUUUUAUAAAUAAUAUUUAAAAAAAAAAAAAAAAAAAAAAGUUUUUAAUACUUGUUUCACCUUGGAGGGGGUUCAAUAUAUUUAUAUUUAACUUUGAGAAAUAUAACUACUGUUUUUUCUGUUAAAUGUCGUGAAAAUCUGUAAGCAUUGUCUAGCAAGUUACUCUGGUAGCAAUACUUUUUGUUUUGUGUUAUUCAAUUAUUGUUAUUGUUAUUGAAUUGUCCUGAAAUACUAUUAUACCGUAAAACCCCAUUUGUCUCAACUGAAUCGCCCUCCACCCCAGUAUCACAUGUAAUGAGGCCUAAACUCCUGUUUAUCCAAACGCCCAUAUUCUGUCCUGAGAGCAGUUCAGAUGAAGGCUGUUUUAUUAUAGUUGCUUACUGAUUCUGUAGAAAAAAAAUGUAUUUAGUCGAUUUCCAGUUAAAAAAAAUAAUAAACAGAUUGCUUUGUCUUGUUUGUUUGAAGAACUAAAGCUUUUCCAAGUCAUUUUAAAACAAAUGCACAGCCAUCACAUUAUGGGUAAUAUUGACCAAUUCUGAACUGAAGUACCCAUUGUCAAUGCACAAAUCUUUACAUGGUAUUUUUAUAUUUCCUCAGUUAUGAUGUCCGCAAAUAUUCGGAGUGGUCCCAAGUUCUGUUUUGUCUUUACCUGCCUCUGAGCUUACUUAGAGCUUUGUGACCUUUAAACUGCUGGGCCCAGCUACUCUACAUGUACAGAGAGGAUAGGUGGAGAGCAGGACGGAAAAAUAAAGAUUUUAUUCAUUCAGUAGUGCCCAAUGCUAUAUAUCUAGUGCUAGUAACAAACAAAUUAGGCACAGUAUGGAGUAACAAAUUCAACCUUCUGAGUUCCUUAAUUCUAGUUUUUAUUAUCCAUUUUAUUUUUCAUCGAGAGAGUUAGAAAGCACUCUGGAAGAAAGAACUUAAUACAUAUUUAUACCUUCAGAAAUUGACUGUGCAACCUUCUCAUGCUGUAACAAUGUG